UUGGGGUUGGCAAGAGAACAAUGCAGAGAAAGCAUUGGAGGCACUUAAAGAGAUUCAAUCAGAGCAAGCGACUGUGAUUCGUGAUGGGCAAAAGCUAUCCCAUUUUCCUUCAAAAGAUAUUGUUCCGGGGGACAUCGUUGAGCUGAGGGUUGGGGAUAAAGUGCCAGCAGAUAUGAGGGUCUUAAAAUUGAUUGGCCCAACUCUUCGAGUUGAGCAGGGGUCAUUAACUGGAGAGAGUGAAGCUGUUAGUAAGACGGUGAAGGCUGUUGCGGAGGAUGUGGAUAUUCAGGGGAAGAAAUGUAUGGUGUUUGCAGGGACGACUGUUGUGUAUGGUCACUGUAUCUGUUUGGUUACUCAGACCGGUAUGAAUACGGAGAUAGGCCUGGUGCAUUUGCAGAUUCAUGAGGCUUCUCAGAGUGAGGAAGAUACGCCUUUGAAGAAGAAGUUGAAUGAGUUUGGGGAGGUUUUAACUGCUAUAAUUAUGGCGGUCUGUGCAUUGGUUUGGCUUAUUAACGUGAAAUACUUUCUCACUUGGGAGAGUGUUGAUGGUUGGCCAAGGAAUUUCAGUUGCUGCCAUUCCAGAAGGUUGCCAGCAGUUAUCACGACGUGCUUGGCACUUGGCACACGCAAGAUGGCUCAGAAGAAUGCACUUGUUCGCAAGUUGCCCAGUGUUGAGACUCUUGGUUGUACAACGGUUAUUUGUUCUGAUAAAACGGGUACUCUCACGACCAAUCAGAUGGCAGUUUCUAAGCUUGUUGCUAUGGGUCCUAGGACAAACACUAUUCGAUCAUUCAAUGUGGGAGGGAUCACGUAUAAUCCUUUUGAUGGAAAAAUACAAGACUGGCCGCUAGGUCAAAUGGAUACCAACCUUCAAAUGAUUGCCAAGAUUGCUGCUGUGUGCAAUGAUGCAGGCAUUCAACAAUCCGGCCAGCAUUAUGUUGCCAGUGACUACCGACUGAGGCAGCAUUGA